AUGGCGGAUCAUUCUACGGGAUUGAUCGUGGUUUCUUUCUUGGUAAGGGUAGCCUUUUUCCUAUACGGUAUUUACCAAGAUGCUAAUUAUAAAGUUAGAUACACAGAUAUCGAUUAUUUUGUGUUUCAUGAUGCUGCUGCUUACGUUCAUGAUUGCAUUAUGAACGGUGGAGAUGGAUCUCCAUAUCAGAGGGACACUUAUCGCUAUACACCUUUACUCAGUUGGCUCCUAGUCCCAAAUCACUAUUUUGAAUGGUUUCAUCUUGGAAAAAUGAUCUUCAUUGCCUUCGACUUACUUACCGGUAUGAUUAUCCAGAAGCUGCUGAAGAAAUGUUUUAAACCUAGAAGUAAUUUUCAAACAAUAUGUCUCAACAGUAUUUGGCUCUUAAAUCCAAUGGUGAUAACGAUUAGUACCAGAGGAAACGCUGAAAGUAUGAUAAGUUUUUUAGUAAUGGCUUCGUUAUAUCAAAUACAAAAAGGGAACCUGAUCGUAUCGGGAAUACUACAUGGGGUGGCUAUUCAUUUCAAAAUCUAUCCCAUCAUUUACUCUCUCCCCAUUGCAAUGUAUCUUUAUCAGGCCAAUAAAUCAGUUGGAUGGUUCAAGAAACUGUUUUUAUUUGGCGGUGCAACACUAUUUGCUCUUCUAGGUUCUAGUGCUUAUAUGUACAAGAUCUAUGGCAAUGAGUAUCUAGAGCACGCAUAUUGGUAUCAUUUAUAUAGGAUAGACCACAGACACAAUUUCUCACUAUGGAAUAUUCUCCUGUAUUACGACUCUGCCAGGCCUUCCAGUGCUUCACUGAUAUCAAAACUUGCAUUUUUACCGCAGUUGAUAAUUGUUGCAAUGGUAUCAUUCCUGCAAUACAUUCAACCAACAUUUGCGGGUCUAUUGAAUGUCUUAUUUGUUCAAACUUUCGCAUUUGUCACUUACAAUAAAGUUUGCACUUCGCAGUAUUUUGUUUGGUACUUAAUAUUUCUGCCGUUUUAUUUUGUAGAUAGCACAAUAAGCUGGAAAAGGGGUAUUUGUAUGGCUGUAGCUUGGAUUAGUACUCAGGCAUUCUGGCUGCUACAAGGUUAUCGAUUAGAAUUUGAGGGCAAAAAUGUUUUUUACCCACAAAUGUUCUGCGCAAGUGCAGCUUUCUUCCUUACAAAUACCUGGUUACUUGGUGAGUUCAUUCAUGAUAUUAAACGGAGACAGUACGUAGUUAGUGAAACGAAAAAGAGGAAUUAA